AUUUUGCACGAAGAACUUUKACCAACCAACCAACCAUUUCUUUCAGGGCGCAAGCUGUUUUCAAAGUCGACAAAGCUUUUUACAGACUGGACAAGGACUGAUGACAAACAUGAAUGGAUCUAAUACAACAAGUGGUAGUAUCACUAAUGGUUCUUCGUUUCCUGUAUAUACAAUMGCUGGUUUUCUAGGAGUCUUGGCCGUGCUCAUCUUCAGUGCUAACGCGUUCGUUAUCUACUUGUAUUUACACCGUUCAGARCUGAGAACCAUCACAAACUUGUGCCUCGUGUUUCUUGCUGUAUCUGAUUUGCUGGCGGCAGUGAUAGUCAUUCCCAUCGUCAUUUUGACUUCUCUCUCCUUCACACCCUAUUUAAGCAUACCUACUGAUGUACGWGAAGUUUUGUUGACGUCAAAUGAUCUUGCAUCGAGGUUUGUGGCAAUCUCAACUGUCUUCCACCUCUUGCUUGUGACUCUAGAGAGGUACAUCAUGAUCGUGUUUCCAAUGCGRUACGUGAGGAUUGUAAACAGAAAAAGAGUUAAAACAUGUUUAAUUUUCGUGUGGUGUUUCUCUCUGSUUGUCAUUCUGAUUCAGUUGUCAUGGCUAAUACCGCUGACUGGUAAGAAAACUGCACGUGCUGAUUUGGUGUACAGCAUGACUACAUUCUUUGGGAUAGUUGUACCGGYGUUCUUGAUGUUAAUUGCGACUUACUACCACAUCUACCGAGAGGUUUGUCAGCAAAUUAAGAGUAUUCAACAGGCGACACCAUUUCUCAUGCAUUUGGACGACGCGGAAAGACGACGACAAGAAAGAAACUCACAAGCAAAGAAAGACAAACGACUCGAGGCGAGAGCAGUGAUCAUAUUUGCACUGAUGUUGGGCACGUUUGUAAUCGGUUGGUUCCCCUAUUUUAUCCUAGGAAUUUUAUCUGACUUACAGGUCAAUAUCAAUCUCUCUAUGGAUGUUAACAUCAUGCUACUGUUUGCAAGAUUUUGUGUGUCUUUGAUCAACCCACUUCUGUAUACGUUUUUAAAAGCAGAUUUUAGGAUGGCGAUGCGUAAGACUAACGUUCUUAGAMACAGAAGCACUAUACUAACAAGAGCAUAGGGGUUUASUUGAUAUAUUGACUAUUUUAAAAUUCAGURCAGGCGAGAAUAGCCUCGUUCCUAGGAUAGAAAACAAUAGAAUAAAYAAUCAAUUUACACUGACAUACGGAUUCAAGGCUACCACCYUGUACUUGAAUUCUUCGUUUUCACUAUGUAUCACAGCGGCCAUCUUGGAGGAACUUCAACAAAGGAUUUCUCAUUAGUAUCUAUAUAUUGUCCAUUCCUCCCACAUGGCCGCCGAUCUUUYAUCUUUUGAAUCUCAUGGGAAUGAUUGAAAACGAUCAAUUGUAAGAAUAGUCAAUACUAGUAUCUAAAAGACCCUUUCAAAAGCCAAAUCUCACAAUUUCCAGUGAAUAGCCGCAGUGAUGAGCAUAGCCGCUGUACAUGUGAGAUUUGGCAUUUGAAUUGACUGCUAUACAAACAUUGAAAUACAAAAUCAAAAAACAUCAAAAGACAAAAAAAAGAUAAAAUAAUUCGUUAGCCAAUUAUGAUUAUCAAAAUAUACAUAAUCGCAGGAAGAAUAGCACUUACAAAGAAAACAUUUACUACCAGGCAACUCAGGGCCUUUAAUAGUCAGGUAAUCAUGGGAAGGUGAUCGGUCGAAGAUAUAUUUUCUACCUUUGGAAGUUAAUGGUCAUACAUAUUCAUAGAAGCUCUUAAGUUACAUUCAUAUUUCCAAUAUGAAUGACGGCACAACCAUUCUUAGAUCAUAUUUGAGUUGUCUUUGCUUCCAAGUAUAUAGACMCCUUGCAUGURACGUCAAAGCAGCUUCAUCUGGAGGAYAAAACAAAAUAUUUUUGCCCUUUUGGUAACUAGAAUCUAUUCAUUUGUUGAAAUUGCAUUCCCACGAACUGCAAGGGGUCUAUUAGCGUGGAUGCGCAAGGAACGCGGAGUCUUUUCCUUUAAGGACAUCAUGGAUGAUACUGAUGACUGCGUGCAAUUAGUUAUGAUUAACAAUUCACUGUACAUUUGUAUUUAAUCUUGACAGUAAGCAUUCUUGAAGUGCAGUAGUUCAAGCCUGUGUAAAAAUUAAAGGUUUUUGAGAUUAAUAAAAUGUAAACAUAG